UAUAUAAAAAAGCCCACAGAAACACUACCCAACGUUUUAUCCGAAGCAAUGGCGGUUAUGCUGCGUUGCUCUUCCUGCUUCUUCACUUCUCCAAACUCCAUCGCCCGAUCCCCACCGACCGAUCCACUCCACAGAAAAUCACAUGCUCCCGGGAAGAUUGCUACUCUUUCAUAUAAAGUGGAGAGGUUUGUAUCAUCCUUGAGAAGUACUUUUAAUGGGUCAUCUGAGAUGUGCCAAAUGUUGCCAAACUUACAUUGUCAGCAGGAAAACAAACAGGUAGGAAUUCCAACAAUGGCAUUUCUUGUCAGUAAUGCCUUGAUGUUAAGUACACCUUUGAAAGCUUUAGCAGAAACAUGUGAAGCUGAUAACUCUGUCUUCAACAUGAACAUGCCUUUAUUGCUAGUCGUGGCCCUUAUAGGGGCAACUGUUGGAGGGUUGCUUGCUCGCCAAAGGAGAGGGGAAUUGGAGCGGAUGAAUGAACAGCUACGCCAAAUCAAUACAGCUCUAAGAAGGCAAGCUAAGAUUGAGUCCUAUGCUCCCACCUUGAGUUAUGCUCCUGUUGGUGGAAGAAUACCAGAGACUGAAGUAAUUGUUGAUCCAAAGAAGCAGGAAUUGAUUUCUCGGUUGAAGAGUGGAAAGAAUUUUUUGAGAAAUCAAGAACUAGAGAAAGCAUUCUUGGAGUUUAAAACAGCUCUUGAACUUGCGCAGAAUUUAAAAGAUCCUAUUGAGGAGAAGAAGGCUGCAAGAGGUUUAGGAGCCUCACUGCAAAGGCAAGGUAAGUAUAGGGAAGCCAUCAAAUACCAUUCUAUGGUUUUGGCAAUCUCUGAGCGCGAAGGAGAGGACUCAGGAAACACGGAAGCUUAUGGAGCAAUAGCUGAUUGUUAUACCGAGCUUGGAGAUCUUGAGCGAGCAGGGAAAUUCUAUGACAAAUACAUUUCAGGGUUGGAAACAGACUGAUUUGUCCCUCUUAAGCAGUAGGUUUUUUCUUGAUUAAUAAUCUAGAGCUUGUAAUAUUCGUUGAGUUUUUCAGACAGCCGGUUACCAAUUCCUUGCGGAUCAUCUCAUUUUUGUAUCUAUGUUAAGGUCACUUUUGUAUCUAUGUUAAAGUUACUUGAUAGAGAAUAUCCGUUUAGCCCUUCUGUUUGUAUGUAAAACUAAAACCAUCUAUUUGUUGAUUGAUAUGCCACCUACAGAGAUGGGUUUUAUUUUACUU